CGAGCUGCAAAACCUACGUUUCCAGCUAUCAUCUCUGACAUUUCACGUACUAUCUCGUCAGGAAUGAGAUCAGACUAACGUAUAUUACAUACAUAUAACUUACUGUCAUCGCAUACGUCAGAAUUUCUGACAAGUAAGGGAAACAAUUCCCAGGUGUACGUACGCGAUCGGAAGAUGAACAGGUGUCCAAAGGUGCCAGGAAGCAGCAGAGGAACCAGCAUGCUGCGCACGCAGUCGGCGUGAAUCCUAACCACCCUUCCCGACUCUGAACCCCCGUCGGCACUAUGUUGAAACUCAAAGUUAGGAGCGCCGUCGAGCCGGACCAGUCUCUCUGUGUUCACUCUCUCGUACAGAGAGAUAAUAAAAGCGCAAUCUGAUAUGGCAACUGUCAUGGUAAUGGCGCGAAACACUUGACUGGAAGACGGCGGUGCGACGCGUUCGCCGCGACGAUGCGACCGACGUUCCGCGCUCAGAAACACCGUCGUGAUCGCGAAAGAUCGCAUUUUCCCAAUUCCGGGCACGAGCUGCUUCCUUAUGAAUGCGUACGUCACUUGGUGAAGUAAUACCGCGGAAACAGCCGGAACAAUGUACGGUAUGCUGUUGGAGAGUGUGCAGCACUUCGUGCAGGUCGGUAAACUUAGAAUACGGCGAGGAUGUGUGGCUUCAGCUCCUGGAAAGAGCUGAUUGCAAACAUAUGGUUUUCAACACGCGACAAACGUAUCCCGACGAGCUUAUGACCAAUUUAGCUGCUGCAUUAGCCGAAUGCAAUGGCGAAUCCGUGGAGGAUGUAAUGCAAUUCUUUGGGAAGUGUUUCGUUAGAUUUUUUAGCAACUUAGGAUAUGCCUGCAUGAUAAAAGCCACUGGUCGUUAUUUUUGUGACUUUCUACAAAACGUCGAUAAUAUUCACAUGCAAAUGAGAUUCACGUAUCCACGUAUGAAAAGUCCUUCGAUGUACACUACACACGUCGACCCACAGGGUGUAGUGUUAGUUUAUCGAAGCACUAGGAAAGGAUUUACGCACUAUCUUAUGGGUCAGUUAUUUCAAAUAGCGAAAGAGCUUUACGAAACAGAUUUAGUCAUACGAGUAUUAGGAAGUUCAAACAAUAUUCCUGGUUCCAGAAGCGUAAUGGUUAAAUUUAGAAUUGAUUUCGACAAUCGUGAAUACAUCACAAAGAACAACAGUAUGAAAACUCCACUUGGCCGUGAAUUAGCACCGGUGUCAAUAUCGUUCCUUUUACGUCUUUUCCCAUUUGGAGUGGUAAUCAACAAGGAUAUGAGGAUAUUGGGGGCCGGUGAUAAACUCCUGCAAGCAUGGGGUGGCAGUUCGUCCAUUUUGAAUAAACACGUCACGGAUGUUUUUAAAUUCCGUAGGCCUAAAGGGAUAUCGUUCACGUGGGGAAAUGUGAUGUACUUGCAUUCUGUGAUGUUCGAAUUGGAGCUGAUCAGAUUAAACGAUAACGAUGCUUCAUCUAACUCAGACAAUACCCCAAGCACCAGCUCGGGAUUGGAUAGGCGAGGCAGUCAAGGAGCCAGGAGCAUACUAUUGAAAGGUCAAAUGAGAUAUAUCGAGGAUCUUAAAGCAAUUAUUUUCUUAUGUAGUCCCCUAAUUAACAGUUUAGACGAAUUGCUUAACAUGGGCCUGUACCUGAACGACCUAAAUCCUCAUGGCUUGAGUCGUGAGUUAGUACUCGCCGGAUGGCAACAUUGCGGAAGAUUAGAGAUGAUGUUUGAGAGGGCUGAACAGAGAUCGACCGAAUUGGAAAACAGCUACGCGUUGCUGGAUCGCUGGAAGAAUAAGAGCGACGAGCUUUUGUAUUCCAUGAUCCCACAGACGGUUGCUGAUCGAUUGCGUGCUGGAGCUUGUCCUUUGAGCACUUGCGAGUCAUUCGAGUCUAUUUCCGUGUUAUUCUGCGAGCUUUGCGACUUCGAUUACUCAACGAUCGAAGGUGCAAUGGACAUUGUCUCGUCGAUGAACGCUGUUUUUUCUUGUUUCGACUCGCUGAUGGAUGAAUUUAAUGUAUACAAAGUAGAAACAGUCGGCCGGGUCUAUAUGGCAGCCAGUGGUGCGCCGGAUAGAACGGAAAAUCACGCGCAAAAUAUCGCAGACGUUUCGCUGCAGCUGCUGAAACACGUCCGAUCCCUUAAGUUACCCUCUGGUGUCGAUAUUCAAAUUCGUAUAGGGAUCCAUUCUGGACCAGCUGUAGCAGGUGUAGUUGGCAUCAAAGUACCUAGAUAUUGCUUUUUCGGUGACACUGUGAAUACUGCUUCUAGGAUGCAGACGACUAGUCUGCCUGGAAAGGUGCAGAUCUCAUCGGAUGUGAAAGCGUUGUUACCACCGGAUCGGUAUUACGUUGAAUCACGCGGAUUGGUUUGGGUCAAGGGUAAAGGUAACAUGGAAACUUAUUGGUUAUCCGACAAAGUAGACACGGACGGUAAAUCGACCGAGCAACAAGCUACUAAACCGGAAGGACUUCUAGUCACUGAUAUUUAAAACUUGGUCAAAUGACGAAUUAGAUAAUUCUAAUUAAUUACUAAUCAUACUUCUUUUUAUGGUUCAAUGAUUGGAUCCCUCUUAGUUAAAGUAUCCAUUCUAUCACACGAAAACUGAGGGAAAAUAAAGUUUGAUUAUUUUCUUUGUGCCAUAAAUGUUUUUUCCCCUUUUUAUUCAUUCUAAAAUAUUCAAUUCAAAGAUUUUAUUUCGUAAUACCCUGUGUAGUGUAAUUUUACUUGAAAGAUAAAGAAACACAAGACGUUUAUUUCAAAUAUAUUUCAAAAUAUGAAAUAUCUUGAAAAAAUGAAAAAAUACUGCAUAGGAUAUUCUGACUAAAGGGGACCGUGUUAGAAACAAUCAUAAUCACUUUAUUGAUGUGCAAUCACGCGUGCAAUCGACAUACUGAUUAGAUUGUUUUAGUUUUAUAGUGAUGUAUAGAGAUAUGAUAGUUCGUGAAUAAUCGUGGCAUAUGCGUUUACUCAAAUAUUUUUUAGGUGUUACUCGUUCAUAGAUUUCAAUGUUAUUUAAUGUAAAUGUUUUAUAUAAUGAUUCGUCGAAUGAUGAAAAAGAUACGGAAUCUAGUUACAAAAAGAUAGUAAACGAACUUUCCUCCCAUUUUAGUUAUUUCCUCCCUUUUUCCCUUUCUUAUUUUCCUCGCUACCUCCGGUAUAUUAUAGGCUUAAGAGACUGUUUGCUGAGCUAAGCUUCUUCAAUUGCUCUUUAUAUCCUACCUCCCGCAACAUUUUCUUUUCUUUUUAUUUUCUUCGUUUCCACAUCAAUUCCUUCGCUCCUAUAUCUUUUGUACCUUAUUUUUACUAUUAUUACUUUUUUGCUUCAAUAUCUUAAAAAUUGAUAACAUUUUUAAUAUAUAUUUAAAACAUAUUUAAAACAGUGUUUGUUAUACAGAAAAGAUAUGCACAUGGGUGUUAAACCUUAAAUGCAUGGUUUCUGUUAAAUAUAAUAAAACAUUUGGAGAUUAUCAACUUAUGUCUCAGCAUAUCACAGAAAAAUAAUUUUAAAGAAUUAUCUGGGGAGAAAGAAAUUAUUUCUUGCUGUACAGAAUAAUAUUUCAUUAAGCAAUUGCAAACAAUUUCAAUAAUUUUAUUUAAUAUUAACAAUAUAAAAAGUUCGUUCGUAACGCAAAUAUAAAUAAACUACAACGAUAAAAUUACAAUUAAGUUGAAAGUUGAGUAUUAUCGAACAUUUUACGUAUUGAUUGCUAUAAAUAUUUAAAUUACCUAAGAUGUGGAAAAUAUUACGAAUUUAAUUUCAUCAAAUCGAUCGGUCAAUCGUUCAAAUGAUCGAAUUUAUAUUAAAUGAAGAACAAUCGACGUUUCACUGUAUAACGAGUAACGCAAACGACACGAUAGGCGUUUGAUUUCUUCGUGACACGACAAAUCAAGCUGCGGUCGGGUAGCAGGUACGUGAGUUUUCACCGAAAUUCCACGUUGAAAAAAAAAACAGAGAAAGUCCAGGUGACUUUCUUUCUCGUGCGUUCGAUGUUAUGUACGAGUCGGACGCUCGAUACGUGCCUUAAUUUUCAAUUGUCUCACCUGCAUCGACGUAGAAUAACGGAUCGCGAAGCUAGCUAUUAUUUUUAACUUCUCGUGAACUCCAUGAAACUAAUUUCAUCCCUCUAUAAUCUUCUAUCUUUCUUUACAGUUGAGAUUAAAAUUAAGAAUUACCUAUGAUUACAUACUUUCUUCUCUUUUCGUCCCACAGUCACUAAUAAUUACUUCAUUUGGCCUCAUUACCUCGGCUUAGCUAUGAAAAUAUAUUGAAGUUUCGUUGUUUACUAAUUUUGAUCAUUUUCUUGCAUUCCAUAAUGUAAAGUUUUGACAUAACUUUAAUUCUGAGAUAUAAAAUUUUAAAUUCCUUUAUCAAAGUAGAAAUUAACAAUAGCUACUGAUAGAUUACUUGAUAACGAGAGGGUACAAUAAAUAUGAAAAACAACAUUUAAAAAACACAAAUACGUAAUUUUGACAUUAUAGAGGGCUAAUCUAUAUAUGUAUAGUUGAUAAAUAAAUUUAGUACUGAAUGAAAGACCACCAAGAUUAAAUAUGCCGAGCUUGUAGUCAUAUUGUUUCAUGGUCAACUAUAAAAAUUCGCUAAAAUCCUAAAUUCCUGGCAGAAAUAUUCCACGAGGACGAAUUCUAGUCUUUUGAAAAAUACACUCGUAGGAUCGUGCGAGUAUUAAGUUUUCAGUCAGCCAGGACGAUGAAUUUAAAAAUAAUCGAAACAUGAGUCAAGAUUCUUGUACACGUAUCGUGACCUUU